AUGGAAAGCGUGGGCCCCGCUAUCGCAUCGCUCCAGCCUGAGCUUUGGACAGCUUCUCUGAACGAAGCCAUCACAAUAUAUAUCACGGACACAGCUGGUUCUGCUCAGUCAUUCCAGCCCUCUUUCACGUAUCCUAUAUUCGGGGAAUCUGAGACAAUCUUCGGGUACCAAGACUUGCAGAUCUUUCUCUGUUUCGAUUCAGUCACUUUUCUCCCUUUCCUCAACGUGAAGUGGUCUCAAAAGCUAGAUGAGGUAGACGUUGAUCCAAAAGAAAAACUAUUGGAACUCUUGCCAGAAAGCACCGUAUUCAAAGAUGAGCUCAAGUGGAGGGACGCCAUUGAUGCGGAGCAAAAGGAAUACAAGAUCCCAGGAGAAAUCGUCGGCGACUCAUGGUCCAAAGACGGUGAGACAUACGGCAUCUACAAAAUAGACAUGUCCCUGAAGCUGGGGGUGGAGUUGCUUAGGAGGUUGCAAAUCCUCGUUCUUCUCUUCAUUGAAGCGGGGACGUACAUUGAGCACGAUGACGCUAAGUGGGAUAUCUACGUGAUGUACAAAACAACCGACCCUAAAUUGCCCGAAAUCGUUGGGUUCGCCACUGCCUAUAACUACUGGUCAUAUCCAGGGGCAGAAAAAUUUGAAGCGGGCGAAACGCGGAUUCGCAAGAAGCUAUCCCAAUUUAUUGUCUUGCCCGUGUUCCAGGGACAAUUGCUAGGUGCUGAUAUGUACGCCAAACUCUACGAUACAUGGGCUGCGGAACCAGGUGUUCUGGAGAUCGUGGUGGAGGAUCCAAAUGAGAGUUUUGAUGACUUGAGAGAUCGAGUUGACUUCACGCGUUUGGUAGACACAGGCAAGAUUGACUUGAACACUUUUUCGAUCAAGGUGGCACAACAAGACGGGUUCCUCAAUGAUUUCAAAACAGCAGAGAAGUUGGAAAAGCGACAACUGCAAAGACUCUUGGAGAUGGCGUUGCUUUACCAAUUGAAGCAUGGUCUUUCUAGGGACUCCAAGAAGGAUGUUCGUCUUUAUAUCAAGAAAAGACUUUACGAAAAAAACAAAGAAGCCUUGAGUGACAUGGAUGAGCCCACCAUGCUUGACAAGCUUCAGACAGCUUAUCUAGCCUUGGAAGACGACUACUAUCGAAUUCUCGAGCCUGUGAAGCUCUCGCAUAAGCGCAAGGCAGCCACGGAUGGUAAACCUACCAAGAAACAGAAGAAGUAG